AUGCGACGUCGUCGUCGUCCAAAAAAUCCAACCUCUAUUGAUCAGUUAGCAGAUAUAUUGAAUGAAUCUACAACAUCUACAUCAUAUAUAUCAACAUUGCAGCGUCCUUCUUCAAGAUUUUUUCAACAUGAUUGUCCAUUGAUGGUAGAUGGAGAACGAGUUGGUGUAGUAUUUGCUAAUACAGAAUAUGCAAUCGACAAAUAUAGGGGAGAACUACUCCAAUCAAUUACCAUCGCAGGAGUAGAUGGUACUUUUAAAACCUUGCCGAGAAAUCCUCCUGAUUUGAAAAAAGGCUGCCUGCUUACUUUUCAUAUAGUUUACAGAAAUGUGUCUUCCCAAUUGUGUAUGCAUUGA